CUCGUUGUACACCCUCGCCAAUCUCCCGCUACCGAACACUGGCACCCGCAUUGCUCCGAGCUCAACGCACGAGCACCCGCCAUUAACUAUUCACAAGCUUCACUUCGCUCUGCAAUUUCUCUGUAAGAUCGAGGCAGAGCGUACGCAGAAAAGCAAAGCGCGCGAGUGUGUUCCGAGAUGGCUACGGCGCUGUUGCCGGGCACCGGGAUGACGCUAUCUGGGGCGUGGCAGCAGGUCCGUGGCCCGGUGAUCGUGCCGCUGCUGCGCGCGUCCGUGCUGCUCUGCGUCGCCAUGUCCGCGAUGCUGUUCGCGGAGAAGGUGUACAUGGCGGUGGUCGUCCUCGCGCUGCGGCUGCUCGGCCGCCGCCCCGAGCGGCAGUACCGGUGGGAGCCCAUGCGCCACGGCGAGGAUCCCGAGCUCGGCAGCGCCGCCUACCCCAUGGUCCUUGUCCAGAUUCCCAUGUACAACGAGCGCGAGGUGUACCGGCUGUCGAUCGGGGCGGCGUGCGGGCUCUCCUGGCCGUCCGAUCGGAUCAUCGUCCAGGUGCUCGACGACUCCACAGACCCUGUCGUCAAGCAGUUGGUGCAGGUGGAGUGCCAGCGCUGGGCGAGGAAGGGCGUGAACAUCAAGUAUGAGACCCGGAACAACCGGUGCGGGUACAAGGCCGGCGCGCUCAAGGAAGGCAUGAAGCACGGCUACGUCAAAGACUGCGACUUGGUGGCCAUCUUCGACGCCGACUUCCAGCCGGAGCCCGACUUCCUGUCGCGCUCCGUCCCCUUCCUCGUCCACAACCCUGAUAUCGCCCUCGUGCAAGCCCGUUGGAAAUUCGUGAAUGCAGAUGAAUGCUUGAUGACAAGAAUGCAAGAGAUGUCCUUGGACUACCACUUCAAGGUGGAGCAAGAAGUGGGCUCCUCGACCUAUGCCUUUUUUGGAUUCAAUGGAACCGCUGGUGUGUGGCGCAUAUCUGCUCUGAAUGAGGCAGGUGGUUGGAAGGACCGAACCACAGUUGAAGACAUGGACCUGGCUGUCCGAGCAAGUCUCAAGGGAUGGAAAUUUGUGUACCUUGGUGAUCUCAAGGUAAAAAAUGAGCUCCCUAGUACGUUCAAAGCAUUUCGGUACCAGCAACAUAGAUGGUCGUGCGGGCCGGCAAAUCUGUUCAGGAAAAUGGUGAUGGAGAUCAUCACAAAUAAGAAAGUGACACUUUGGAAGAAAAUCCAUGUGGUCUACAACUUCUUCUUUCUGCGCAAGGUUGUCGCACACAUUGUGACCUUUGUGUUCUACUGCCUUGUUAUCCCGGCCACGGUCUUAGUUCCCGAGGUUGAGGUACCAAAGUGGGGUUGCGUAUAUAUUCCAGCUAUUAUCACCCUUCUCAGUGUUGUUGGGACUCCAAGGUCUGUUCACUUAGUUAUCUUUUGGGCACUAUUUGAGAAUGUUAUGUCAUUUCAUAGAGCAAAGGCCACCUUCAUCGGUCUAUUGGAGGCAGACACGGUGAAUGAAUGGGUGGUGACAGAAAAGCUUGGUGACACUGUGAAGACUAAAAUGCCAAGUAAAGCUUUGAAAAAGUUGAGGAUGGGGAUAGGAGAAAGGUUACAUCUUUGGGAGCUUGGUGUUGCAGCCUACCUCUUCAUUUGCGGAUGCUACAGCAUUUCAUUUGGGAAUAACCAUUACUUCAUCUUUCUCCUUAUGCAAUCCAUCGCUUUCUUCAUCGUCGGUGUGGGCUAUGUUGGGACAUUCGUCACACAAUGAUGGUAUCCGUUCUGAGUUUACCAUGUCUUCGAUGCUUUCAAGUUUCAUGCUAUAUAAUAUAAUCAAUAUGAAAGAUAAGAUCAAGAAGCCUUCUCUUGAGUGUAAUGUCCUUUGACAAAAAUGCAGUAGCAACACAUCACAUAGGUAUAUGGGUGUGUUUUAGCUGCUAGGAAUGUGCCAUACGCAUGAGAUCGGUGAUGAUCAAGCAAGUUGUCUAGAGUAUCUGCAUCACUGUAGCAAAAAAGAAAUGAUAUUUUUCCAAGGUUCGCCAUUUUUCUAGACAGAUAAGCAAGGAAAAGUAUCACCUUCCAUUGUUAAGGAAGAAAGUAAAGUGCCUGGUGUUUCCUCACCUUUGGCCCACACCUUCA